AAUAAUUGUACACGCCCAUUUUCGGGAUUUUUCAAUCCUGGCGGAGCGCCCAGUUGUUAUAAUGCUGCGGGAAACACUGGUUCUCUCCUCUUCUCCUCAUCUUUACACUGCCUCAACUCUAACUGCAACCCCCCCUUCCUCACCUACAUGUCAUGACAGAGAAAAGGGAAUGCUGAAGAACACAGAGUUUCAAACAUCACUAUCAUUACUGAGUGCAUAAAUGGGAGCUUGCAACAGAGCAAACAUUAU